GAUCUUGACUUGAAGGCUUCAGAAUGUUUCGUAUGUGCUCUGUCAGUACCCAUCUUCUCUCACCAUCCUAAAAGCAGAUUUGUCCAGUUGAGACAUGUUACGUUUUUUGUGUAUAGCAGGGGCGCUAGGACCGUGAGGGAGAGCGCCUCUAAAUGCAUUUUCAGACAGUUAUUUGUAAGCGCGUUUGAGCCGGAUAGCAGUUGAAGCGACUCACACGGACGGACACUCACUUUGAGUAGGAAUGAAUAUAAUCCAAUAGUUGACUCAUCAAUAAACUUUGCUUUGACCGAAUUGAUUAGGACACGUUAUCAAAGUGGGGACUCGCUCUCUGCGGGACUGUGAAGAGAGAGAGAGAGAUAGAUACCUGUCACACUGAAGCGAUGGGAGAAAUCUGGAGAAUUGAUUUGCCCGAUAUUUUUGAAGGGGGCGAAAACGUGAAUUGGAUUUAAACACAGACUAACCUUUUAACAAAAAGUGUUUUGCUCAAUGACCAUGUAUCCACAUCCAAACUCUGGCCUGGCUCAUCUCUCCAUCUUAGUCCUGCUCCUCUCACUCCUCCUCCCCCUCUCUCUGCCAUCUCGAGCCCCCCCUCACCAACACCCCGUCCACCUCCCCUCACUGGUGCCCCAUGCACCCCUGCCCCUGUCCCGCUCUCGCUUUAGUUCCCAGACUCAACUGGACUUCACCACUCACUGCAAUGCCAGCUGUUACCACAAAGGAGAGCAAGAGAGCAGGCGAGAGCACCUGACUGAGCAGCUGGCAUUCGAGACGCUCUAUGCAGACGGUUCUCGUACCCUCACCACUGUGGAUGUGGCGGAUGAGGAUAAUUAUGAGGGCACCAUCAGUCCUGCCAGUCAACCUCCACCAACAAGAGGACGUAGAGUUACCAGUAGGCACAGGCGUCAGAAAAGACAGAUCUACGGGGCUGAUGGGCGCUUCAACAUACGCGGUGACCACUUCCUGUUGGACUAUCCAUUCUCCACGGCUGUGAGGAUCUCCACCGGCUGCACUGGGGUCCUAGUGUCUCGACUCCAUGUCCUGACCGCCGCUCACUGUGUGCAUGAUGGGAAGGACUACGUCAAGGGAGCCCGUAAACUGAGGGUAGGCUUCCUGACUCCUCCGUACAUCAACGGCACCAAGCCCAGCCACACCCCCACCAAGAAGCCCCUGGUGCGCUGGGUCCGGGUCAAACGCACCCGUGUCCCAAAGGGCUGGAUCCAGGGCCCCCAAGAGGUCAGCAUGGACUUUGACUACGCCCUCUUGGAGCUGCGCUGGCCCCACCGCCGGCCCUUCAUGCGUCUGUCUGUGGCUCCUUCCUCUGACGACCUGGCAGGGAAACGCAUCCACUUCUCUGGGUUUGACAGUGACAGGCCUGGGGAGCUGGUCUACCGCUUCUGUCCUGUGGAGGACGAGUCUAACGACCUGAUCUACCAGCACUGUGAUGCCCGGCCGGGGGCCAGCGGCUCGGGGGUGUACGGCCGCGUGUGGGACACGGCUCUGGAACGCUGGGAGAGGAAAGUCAUCGGCAUUUUCUCUGGACACCAGUGGCUGGAGAUUGAUGGGGAGAACCGCGACUACAACGUGGCUGUGAGAUUCACCCCGCUGAAGUUUGCCCAGAUCUGUUACUGGGUGCAUGGGAACCGAGUGGACUGUAGUCAGGACUGAGAGAGAAGGGGAGGGGGGAUGGCCUAUAAAAAAAGAGGCUAUGAAGUCCAUGACAGAUAACUAUUUAAAGUAAGCACAAAAUCCUUUAAAGGAGAUGUGGAGAGGAAAUUACUCCCCAACUCAGUUUUUAAAAGGGUAAGAGUGAAACUGGAUUUAAUCCUAAUAAAACAUCUACAAUACUAUCGAAGAAAACAGGACUGCUAAACCUUCAUGCACCUUAACGGGUUUCCCUUGGAGGCGUUACCCACUGUGACUAGGAGCCUUGCUGUUUUAUAACUAUGGUAGCAGCCAUUAACUUUAUACUUUGGAAUAAUAUUGAACAGCUUUAGCCAAUGGAGCAACUAUUGGAUUUUUUAUAUUUUUAGAUAUACUCUCCCAUUGUUCUCCGUAAUACUGUGGCUGCAUGUUUUCAACAUUUAGGAUCAAAUGUGCUGGUGUGGAGUUGAUUUUACAAAGAGAUGUGGGAGGGGCCGCUUAUUUGUUUAGGUAACGUCACCUAAGGAUGUGAAUGAUUUUGGAAAGUACAGGGACUUCUCAUUCUGGGUUAGAAAGAUACCUGUAAAAUAUAUACACGCGGCCCCAAUGGCCCGGAGGCAUAUCUAGCCACACUGACAAGAUACGGCGCCUCGAUACACCAAACAUGUCAAAAAGGGUCAAAGGUACCAAUGGUGAAAUCAACAAAAGUCAGACUAAAAACCUAAGGGAGUUUCUUACUCAAUGCUGGCAGCAUAAACUACUUGCUUUCAAGCGGGUUAGGGGGGUGAAAAUCAGAAUGGUGAUAUUUUUUGUAAAUGCCUAUUUUAAUAAAAAAAAAUGUUUAUCA